GGCACUUUUAUGGAAGCAUAAGGUUUAACAAAUUGAGUGCCACAAAGAUUGUAAUAGUUAAAAGUCAAUACAGGAAGAGUGCGUGUACUAUGGCAAUAGAGCGGAACCUUGGCGCUGUAUUUACUGUUUUUAUAAAUAUCUUUUAAUGUAAAUCAAACUGAGGCAUAAAGACUUUCCCAGGCAGUCAUUUUGGCAGUGGCUAGAGUUGAUCAAUGCAUUGCUCAGUACCGCUGUCGACGGCUGGAGAGACCUACUAGAGAAUCCCAGAGAAUGUUCUAUGAAUUCGUCGUAGGAGAGUUGGUUUCGGGAGCAAAAAAAUAAUUUGGGUACUUGACUCGAUUGGUUGGUUGGGCGGAGGUUUGGGGUAGAAGAUUCUACUGGUAUGCGCGCUAUCAGCGGGAGCGGUUAUUCAAAGAAUUCACGUGAUGUGCCGGGUUUGAACGGUCAACGGACAAAUUUUUGCCACUGUUCUCCCCACACUGUGCGACUCUUCAACAUGAGCAACUGGAACUUUCAGCAUUUCGACACUCAAUCUGAUUUUGGUGUCGUCGAUGAGAAUGGAGUCACUCAUAGAGUUCGUAAGAAGCCAGGAAGAAAGGCCAAUCCGGCUGCAUCUGCACAACGAAAGGCUCAGAAUAGAGCGGCACAGAGGGCUUUCAGAGAACGAAAGCAACGAGAAAAGAAAGAGAGUGACGCUCAUAUGCGCAAAACAACCAGUGAAAUGACCCAGUUACGCAGGCUUGUCAGAGAGCUACAGUUUGAAAAUAAGCAACUAAAAGCCAUGGUCAUAGCAUACAUAUUGACAUGCUUUGAGUUGAACUCUUCUCAUCCAAGAAUCCAUUCAAUGAGCACCAACGCUAAGGCAACACCACCACCCGGCAGCAACAUGCCUGCACUACUGAAUGUCUUUAUCGACGAAAAAUGUCAUAUUUUGGAUCUUGAGAAUGCGGCACUGAACUUACUCGAUGUUGACUCUCCGUAUCCUGAAUGCACUGCACCUUCAAGAAGUCUGAAGCAUGAGAAAAAGCUUCAUAGAUUGUUUGAUGAUACGUUAAUUAUAGACGAAUCAUGCACUGCACCUCUACCUUCCGAUGCACAAUUUGCCACCGACACAUCCGUACUACCCCAAUAUGACCAAGUUCCCUCUUCAACGUCCGUAUCCUCCCCAGAUACGGAAAUGACAUUUUCCACUGCCGGACUUGAUACUAUUCCACCUCUUCCGAAAACCUUCACCGGGUCAGAUGUGAAUCAGACCAUGUCAAUUCUCGAAAGUGCUAUGUUCCCACCACCGUUUGUUUCCACCAAUGAAAAUACUCCUUCACCAGGAGUGCAACGAUUUUACCAGUCUAAUCAAGCGCCUAACGGCCAUACCGAAAAUUUUGUGAUGCUGGAAUCCAACCGACAGAUUGUGCAAGAGCAAUGGAAUAAUGUUAUGAGAGGUGACCAUGAUAAAUUUAUUAGUGAGCCUCCUAACCAAUGGCCAAGCAAUAGCGCUGCUUUUGAACAGUGGGACAAUCCGGAAUAUAUGUAUCCACCAAUGCAUCCCAUCCAAGCCGUCCAGUUGCUGCGUUUACAAAUGAAAGUUGGUAACAUUCUUGGUGCUGACAAAGAUAUUCUUAAUCCAACCGACUUGCAGCAAGCCAUUGUCCACGACCGCCGCAUAGAUUAUAUUCCUGGCCCAGGAAUGCGUGACCGUAUGAUACUGUUCCGCGACCACUUUGACGCCGACGAAUGCUUUAAUUUGCUGGCAACAAAAUCCAUCUUCCUGGGAGGAGAAGUGACAAACCCAAGUAAUUGGGCUUUGCCAGAGAGAUUUUACGACAAAUAUUGGUUCCUUUGCGCCAAUCAGGACCUGCAGAAUGCAGAGAAGGUUGAAUGUCUUUCAGAAUAUCGUCAGCGUAUAUUCCGCAGAGUCAAAGAGAAGAGGGCGCAAUUACAACAACAAUCUAAUGUCUAUAUUGAUGUGGAAGAUAUACUGUCUUCCAGAAAUCUAUCUAACCUAGGGAUAAGGGAAUACAUGUCCUGCAUUUAAUUUUUUUUUUUUUUUUUCAGCUUGUUACUGCUGUUCUGCACAUCUCCAUCCAUACCCAUUUCCUCCGCCUUCUGUACAUUGCCUUGCCAUAUACUGUUUCUUUUUGUUUUGUUUUCCCAAGCAUACAUAAAUUUAAAUCUGAAGAAUAA